AUGAGUGCCUCCCCGUCAAAGGCUGAGGGGCCUCAUGAGGAGGAUGUUCAAUCCCCAGAAACCGAAGACAAAGAACAGGAGCAACCUGCAAUGUACGAAUUCGAGGUAAAAGAACAAGAUCGAUGGUUGCCCAUCGCGAAUGUUGCCCGUAUCAUGAAGACGGCACUUCCAGAAAAUGCAAAGAUAGCAAAAGAAGCGAAAGAGUGCAUGCAGGAAUGCGUGAGCGAGUUCAUCUCGUUUAUCACCAGCGAAGCUUCCGAGAAGUGUCAACAGGAAAAACGAAAGACAGUGAACGGAGAAGACAUUCUAUUCGCAAUGACCUCUCUUGGCUUCGAGAAUUAUGCGGAGGCUUUGAAGAUCUAUCUUGCCAAAUACAGAGAAACUCUGUCGAGGGGAGGGGAAUCCAGAAGCGGUCCAUCCGGAUCAACAGCAGGUGCAGGCCAAGGCGGUUAUGCCGACGCUUUUGGCCAUCACAUAGGAAAUGGAGUCAGCGGUGCCGACGGUUACUAG